AUGAGUAAGAAUCCUCCUUACGGCUGCGUCCUGGCUCUAAAAACCACAGACUACAGCGACACAGACACCCUCCCGGACACGUACCCAUCGGCACCAGCGGAGCCUUUGCCCGAAUUCCUGCUCGAACCUGAGGAUGCGUUUAUCGUGAAAAACCGCCCGGUCCAGAUGAGAUGCAGGGCGUCUCCAGCCACGCAGAUCUACUUCAAAUGCAACGGAGAGUGGGUCAAUCAGAACGACCACGUGACCAGGGAGAGCGUGGACGAAGUCACUGGACUGGUGGUUCGAGAGGUGGACAUCUCUGUGUCCAGAACUCAGGUGGAGGAGUUGUUUGGGCUGGAAGAUUACUGGUGUCAGUGUGUGGCCUGGAGCUCAGCUGGCACCACAAAAAGCAACCGUGCCUAUGUCCGCAUUGCUUACCUGAGGAAGAAUUUUGAGCAGGAGCCGCUGGGGCGAGAGGUUCGACUGGAGCAGGAGGUUCUACUGCAGUGUCGCCCCCCGGAGGGAAUGCCAGCUGCUGAGGUCGAUUGGUUGAAGAAUGAAGAUGUCAUUGAUCCCUCACAGGACUCCAAUUUCUUAAUCACCAUCGACCAUGAUCUGAUUAUCAAGCAGGCUCGCCUCUCUGACACCGCAAACUACACAUGCGUGGCUCGGAACGUGGUAGCCAAACGCCGGAGCAGCACGGCAACACUUAUCGUAUAUGUGAGUGGAGGCUGGUCAUCGUGGACUGAGUGGUCAGAGUGUAAUGCCCGGUGUGGCCAAGGGUGGCAGCGGCGCACACGCAGCUGCACUAACCCAACGCCUCUAAACGGAGGAGCGUUCUGUGACGGGCCACCGGUGCAAAGGGUCACCUGCACCACUCUGUGUCCAGUGGACGGGGGCUGGACAGAGUGGGCAAAGUGGUCAGCCUGUGGGACGGAGUGCACACACUGGCGCAGUCGGGAGUGCCAGUCCCCCAUCCCCAAAAACGGGGGGAAACACUGUAGUGGCAGCAUGAUGGAGAGCAAGAACUGCACUGAGGGGCUGUGUACGCGCAAUAAAAAGGUUUCUAUUGAACAUGCAAGCCAUCCCCUGGCUCCUGGGAUGGGCGUGGCCAUCUAUGCCGGCCUGAUGGGGGCGCUGCUCCUGUGCGUGAUCCUGGUGCUUUGUGUGGGCGUGCUCGCGUACCGCCGAAGGUGCCGUCACCUCCACGCCGACAUCACAGACUCCUCUUCAGCGCUCACAGCCGCCUUCCAUCCUGGCAACUACAAGCCUCCGCGCCAGGAUAACAGUCACCCCCUCCACCCCUCCGCUCCUCCCGAUUUGACGGCCACAGCGGGACAUUUCCGAGGGCCGCUUUUCUCUUUGCCGCAUGGAGUCAACGAUAGCCCGCACAAAAUCCCAAUGACCAAUUCGCCCUUGCUGGAUCCGAUAUGUCCUAGUCUCAAAAUCAAAGUGUACAAUGCGUCCACGUUGUCUUCGCUGGAGUUGCCGCCGGACAUGUACGGAGGUGACGGGGAGAUCCUCAGUCUGAAGUCAGUGGGGACGGUGGGACGGGACAUCCACAGCCACACACUGUCCAGAGAGCCGGGCCUGAGCACCAGCGCCACACUGGGGCACAUGGGAGGGCGCCUCACCAUCCCCAACACUGGUGUGAGUCUGCUCGUCCCUCCUGGAACCAUCCCUCAGGGGAAAUUUUACGAAAUGUACCUCAUCAUCAACAAAUGGGACAAAACCACGCUUCCCUCGGAGGGCAGUCAGACCGUCCUUAGCCCCGUGGUGAGCUGUGGUCCGUCGGGGAUGCUGCUGAAUCGCCCUGUGGUGCUAACGCUGCCCCAUUGUGCCCAGCUGGACACCCCCACCCCAGACUGGACCCUCACGCUGAAGACACAGACCCAUCAGGGCGCCUGGGAGGAGGUGCUGACUGUUGGAGAGGAGACCCUGUCCUCCCCGUGUUACCUGCAGUUAGAGGAGGAGAGCUCGCACGUCCUCAUGGAGCAGCUGGGGACAUACGCUCUCGUGGGACAGUCCUGCCCGCCUCAGCCUGCCUGCAAGCGGCUGCAGCUGGCCCUGUUCGCCCCCAGAGCCCCCUGCCUUUCCCUGGACUACAGCCUGCGCGUCUACUGCAUCCAUGACACGCCACACGCACUCAAGGAGGUGCUGGACCUGGAGCGGAGCCUGGGCGGAGUUCUGCUGGAGGACCCCAAACCAAUGCUUUUCAAAGACAGUUACCACAACCUCCGCCUCUCCAUCCACGACAUCCCACACACGCACUGGAGAAGCAAACUACUGGCCAAAUACCAGGAGAUUCCCUUUUAUCACAUCUGGAGCGGCAGUCAGCGGCCCCUGCAUUGCACCUUCAGCCUGGAGAGAGGAAGCCUGGUCGUAUCGCAGCUCACCUGUAAAAUCUGCGUCAGACAAGUGGAGGGAGAGGGACAGAUAUUCCAGUUGCACACAGACAUCCAGGAGACUCUACCUCCACACUCGCCGCUCCCCUCUGCUGGAGCCUGUCUGCCUUCUUCUCAAGUGGGACCUUAUGCCUUUCGCCUGCCGGACUCCAUCCGCCACAAGAUCUGUGCCAGCCUGGAUGCACCCAGCGCUCGCGGCUGCGACUGGAGACUCCUCGCACGGAGCCUCGGCUUCGACCGGUACUUGAACUACUUCGCCACAAAACCCAGCCCCACAGGUGUGCUGCUGGACUUGUGGGAGGCUUGUCACCAAGGCGAUGCGGAUCUGGUCUCUCUGGCGUCCGCGCUCGAGGAAAUGGGCAAAAGCGAGGUCCUGGUUGUUAUGACAACGGACGGAGACUGCUGA